AUGGUUAGGAAACUUAUUUAUCUCACCAUUACUAGGCCUGAUAUCUCAUAUUCAGUUAGCCUAGUCAGCCAGUUCAUGCACUCUCCUACUCUAGUUCACUGGGAAAUCAUCAAGAGAAUACUUCGAUAUCUCAAUGGCUCAAUAGGAAGGGGGAUAAUUAUGAAGAACAAUGGAUUAAAUCACAUCUUGGCCUACACAGAUGCUGACUGGGCUGGAAAUGCCCUUGAUCGAAAAUCCACAACAGGUUUUUGCACAUUUGUUAGAGGGAACCUUGUCACUUGGAAGAGCAAGAAACAAACUGUUAUUGCUAGAUCUAGUGUCGAAGCUGAGUAUAGGGCUGUGGCAGCAACAGCCUGUGAACUCAUAUGGUUGAAAGGUCUUCUUUUCGAGCUCGGAUUCACAAGCAUGACACCUAUGUCCUUGUAUUGUGAUAACCAAGCUGCCAUGCAUAUUGCCUCCAAUCCAGUAUUCCAUGAAAGGAUCAAACAUAUUGAAGUUGACUGCCAUUAA